GUUUAUGCAAUCUCUUCCAUCAGAUUGACUUUCGUGCAUUUUGACUAAGCGACAAUGCGGCAUGCAAAGUUUAUUGCUCGCACCGUGCUAGUGCAAAACAGCAAUGUUGAAGAAGCUUGUCGAGUACUGAAUCGCAUACUGGGUAAAGAGGAGAUUUUCGAUCAAUAUCGCCGCACUCGGUACUACGAAAAACCGUUCCAGACUCGACGUCGCAUCAAUUUCGAACGCUGUAAAUCCAUCUACAACGAAGAUAUGAAUCGCAAAAUUCAGUUUGUGCUGCGAAAGAAUAGGGUAGAACCUUUCCCUGGUUGUAAUUAGAUUUGUUUUUGCAAAUAUAUUUGCUUUAGUUU